AUGCGCCCAUCGAUAAUUUUUUUCGAUGAAAUUGAUGGUUUGGCACCAACUCGAAGUUCCAAGCAGGAUCAAGUGCAUAGUUCGAUUGUUUCAACUUUAUUGGCACUCAUGGAUGGAUUGGAAAAUCGCGGAGAGGUAGUUGUGAUCGGGGCAACGAACAGAUUGGACACGAUUGAUCCUGCAUUAAGACGGCCUGGACGAUUUGAUCGAGAAAUGAGUUUUUGCUUACCAGAUAAGAGUGCGAGAGUAGAAAUUAUGAAAAUCCAUACAGCAUCAUGGGCCGAAAACAAACCAUCAUGCGAGCUGUUAAGAUGGCUUUCCGAGCGAACUUCCGGAUACUGCGGCGCUGAUUUAAAGGUUCAGUUUUUUUUUUCAGUUUGUCGUAGCUACCAUAUGACGCCGUAA